UGCAGCAAGCGACCGAGACGUUAAACCAGCUUUGUGUACGCAUGCGCAAAGGUUCACGUGUGAGGACGGCUUACCUUGAGGACAACAAACAUCUGAUUGCUAAAAAUGAUUAAAUAAUGUGAUUUAUUUUAGGUGAAAUUGAGGUGAAUCCGCGCUGUCACCAUGCGGAGUCCAGCUAUGCGAAUGUUCCACAGGCUGGAGGGUCUGUUCUGCGUCUACAAACCCGCUGGAGUACACUGGAAGCUGCUAAGGGACACCAUCGAGACUAAUCUUCUGAAAGGUGUGAACGAUACACCUGCUCCGCCUCUUACUCAUGAAGUUCGCUUCUUACCAAACCCAAAUAACCAACUUAAAGCUUCUGGAGGACUCAUGCUGAGGCCAGUCUCUGUUCCCGUCCUGUCCAAGCACCCUCUGGUGACUGGACCUGAAUUCCAGCAUCUCAAAGUUGGAGUGGGUCACCGCCUGGAUACUUCAUCUUCUGGUGUUCUUGUUCUGGCCGUGGGGAACGGGAACAAGAUCCUAACCGAUCUCUACGGGAUACGAACCACAAGGGAUUACACACUGGAAGGUGAAUUUGGGAUGGCAACACAUGAUUUUACUCACACGGGUCGAGUUGUGGAAAGAUCCACAUAUGGUCACAUCACUCAGGAGAAGAUGGAGAGAGUGCUAGCCAUGAUGGAGGGAGCCAAUCAAAAAGCCCUGAGAAUGUAUUCCAGUGUAGACAUGAACUCACAGGAAGCCUAUGAGCUGGCUGUAAAAGGCUUAUUGGGUCCAGACGGGAAAUCGGCUCCUAUUUUGACAGGCUUACGAUGCAUUCGCUUCCAGCCGCCACACUUCACCUUAGAGGUGCAGUGCCUAAAUGAGACUCAGAAAUAUUUGCGCAAAGUUGUGCACGAGAUUGGACUGGAGCUGCGCAGCACGGCGGUGUGUAAGGGAGUGAGGCGGACCAGAGACGGCUUCUUCACCCUGCAGGACGCUCUCACGCGUAACCACUGGUCGGCUGCUGACAUCCUACAGGCUGUUCAGAAAUACAGCUCAAAAAAGAACAAGAAGAGCUCCAGGACUCUAACUGAGAAAGAAAUGUUACAGACAUCUGAGGAAACACUUACAGUCUCUCAUGAAAACAAAGCUGAUGAGGAAGAAACAACAACUGAGGUGCAAUGUAAUUGAACUGAUGGGUGAUUAAAGAAAUAAAAGUGAACUAAAAUACUGACAUUUCACAGCUCAGUUAAUAAAGAAAUUCUACUAAAAAGGUCAAA